AUCUCUCUAUCUUAAUUUCAAUUCCAAAAUAAACCCAAAAAUUGAAAACCAAAUAACACACUCUCUUCACUCUCUCUUCACUAUGAAUAAGUCAUCAAAACGAUCCAAGCUCUCCGAUUCUCCAUCUCCGCCGCCAUUUUUGGACCCUCCGACUCGUCGACUCACUAACGAACAAGAGCUUUCCAUUAUAGUCUCUGCUCUUCGAAACGUUGUCUCCGGCACAGCCUCAGAAGCUCCUUUUGAUUUCAACAACACAGAUGAUCAGUACUUUCAACAAUUCCAUGGGGAUGCGAAUUUGAUUGGACCUUCCGAUUUCGACACGUGUCAGGUUUGUAAGAUCCAAGGGUGUCUCGGGUGUAAUUUUUUCCCGCCUUCACAAGAUGAAAUCACGAUCAGUAAGAGUAAUGGUAAUAAUAAGAAGAAAGCUAUUCCGAAAAAGAGGGUGAAGAAAAAUUACAGAGGAGUUAGACAACGACCUUGGGGAAAAUGGGCGGCUGAGAUUCGAGACCCGAGAAAAGCUAGUCGGGUUUGGUUAGGGACUUUCAAUACAGCUGAGGAUGCAGCUCGAGCCUAUGAUAAAGCCGCCAUUGAAUUUCGUGGACCACGAGCUAAGCUUAAUUUUCCAUUUCCAGAUAAUUCUUUGCUUGAUCAGAACGUAAAUUCUCAGCCAGAAUUACCAGAACAGAGUAACACUGCAACUACAACGACAACGACAUCGACAUCGGCAUCACCGCCAAUCUCAUUUCAUCAAAACAAUAUUAAUGUAAUAAACUAUGAGAAUCAUCAACGAAGCGAUGACGCGGGAAUCGGAUCAAUAGAAAAUGAAUUCUUCUCAUUUGGUGAUAAUGAUGAUGAUGACGAACUUCAGAAAUGGAUGACAACUAUGAUGGAUUGUACGGCCGAUCAUAAUUCAUCGGAUUCAGGGAAUGGUUCUGGACUUUUUCAUUAUUAGGCCAUUUUUCUGUGUGUGAUGAAUUUUAGGUAAAAGUCACAAUUGUUCUUUUUAAAGGGGUUGAAAAAUAAUUAUAUUUUCUUCCCCUAACUGUUUGUAUAUAUUAUUUUCUAUUUCUAGUCCAA